AAAUAAAACAAGAAAAAAAUGCCCGAAAAUGUAUAAUGAAGGCACUACAUGCGCGGUAUGUCCGUCUGGCAGCGCAGCGCACAUGCGCCAUCCUUCCUCUCUCUCUUUCAGUUUCUCUCUCCUCCAAAAUUUGACAGUCUACCAUUUUCUGUCAAAACUCGCUUCCUCCCUCCCAUUCUUUCCAUUCUUCACUGCGUGCUAAAAUUCCUCUGCUGAAUUAACUUCAACCAAGAAACCCAGGAAGCAAACAAAGCAGAGGAGAAGAAGCAAGAAAAACCCAGAAAGCAAACGACAUGUCGUCUUCAGACGAGGAGGGGUCUGGGGAGGAGGAGUACCUGUUCAAGAUCGUCAUAAUCGGCGACUCGGCAGUUGGGAAAUCGAACUUGCUGUCCCGCUACUCACGGAACGAGUUCAACGCUCACUCGAAAGCCACGAUAGGCGUGGAGUUUCAGACCCAGAGCAUGCAAAUCGACGGCAAAGAGGUGAAAGCUCAGAUUUGGGACACGGCCGGCCAAGAACGCUUCAGGGCCGUCACCUCCGCCUACUACCGCGGCGCGGUCGGAGCUCUCAUUGUCUAUGAUAUCACCCGCAAGACCACGUUCGAGAGUGUCGGCCGCUGGCUCGAUGAGCUCAAGACUCAUUCCGAUACGACUGUCGCGAUGAUGCUAGUAGGGAACAAAUGUGAUUUAGAGAAUAUUAGGGCUGUGAGUGUUGAGGAUGGUAGAAGCCUUGCUGAAGCAGAGGGGUUGUUCUUCAUGGAGACAUCUGCCCUGGACUCAACAAAUGUUAAAAUGGCUUUUGAGCUUGUGAUUCAAGAAAUAUAUAACAAUGUCAGCCGGAAUGUCUUGAACUCGGAUACCUACAAAGCAGAGUUAUCUGUGAACAGGGUCAGCCUUGUUAAUAAUGGAGCAGACGGAUUAAAGAAAACCCAGGGCUAUUUUUCUUGCUGUUCCGGGUGAUAUGGCUUAUUUCUCCGAAAAGAAGACAAACAAGUGUAAGAAAGAGCACUUGAGAGCAUUUUCAAGGUUGGUUAUUCAAUUUGGUUCGUUAAUUGGUUUGUUUGUUUGCUAUUGGGUAAUACCUACUCAAAGGUUUCCAAACAAGUCGAUAUUAUACAUAGAAGUUCUCUUUUUAAUUCAUGUAAUACAAGUAGAAUUUUUGUACUCUGUAUGGAGGCCAUGUAACUUCUAUAAAAUGAAGGCCGGCAACCAUCUUCUUUUGUGUGAUAUUAAUCGGUCUGAUAAGCAUAUUAAGUUCAGUAACUAGACAGAAAUUGUAUGUGAUUUAAUAGUGCAGUGGAAAAAAAUAUCGAACGGUGUUAUUCUGAUUCGUGACAUGCACAUCUAUCAAAGAGAAAAAUUUAGCAGA